ACAACAACAACAACAACAAUACGGAUGUCAACAUAAUAAUGGUAAGAAAUUGACAGAAACAUUAUCAAUGAUGGAAACUACUAAAGAUAUUGAUAAUAAUAAUAAUAAUAAAACAUUAAUGGCUACUUGUCAGGUUCGUCCAAAUCGUCAUAUAGCAUUAUUAAAUCAACAAGAUGUUAAUGGUAAAAUUGAAUUAAAACAAAUAUCAACAAAUCCAAUUCCAAUUAUUAAUAUGAUAAUUAAAUUGGAUGGUUUUAAAGUUGGCUGUGAUGCUAACCAAAAUAUUAGUAAUUGUUUAACAAAAACAUUGAACAAUACUGAUAAUAAUCAAUCGGAUGAUGAUGAUGAUGAACAUGUUGCAUUUGGUAUGCAUAUACAUGAAGGAUCUGAUCUAUCAUAUGAUUGUCAAUCAGUUGGUAAUCAUUAUAAUCCAUUUAAUAUGUCACAUGGUGGACCAAAUGAUACAAUACGUCAUCUUGGUGAUCUUGGUAAUAUUUAUGCUGAUCAACAAGGUUCAGUUUAUAUGGAUCAAUUAAAAUUUUUUGAUUUAAGUCUUGAUCCAAAUCAUCAACAUUAUAUUGUUAAUCGUACUAUUGUUAUUCAUAAUGGACGUGAUGAUUAUGGAAAAAAUUCCAAUCCAGCAAGUAAAACAACUGGUAAUUCUGGUGUUCGUAUUGCAUGCUGUUUAAUUACAUUGAUGGAACAACAACAGCAACAAACAAACACAACGGUAACAACAACUAUAAAUCCAUUAUUAUCAAACAAUAAUGAAUCAAUAAUCGCUACAACAAUAACCGAAAAUCCAUAGAAACAAACAAACAUUAUUUUUUAAGCAAA